AUCGCUGGUAUCGUAACAAUUGGAUUGGGACUAUGGCUACUAUGGGAUCCUGUUGCAUCUGAAUUCUUCGCACUUCAUUCAGCUCAUCAUGGCUCUUUUCGGAUUGUUGGAUGGUUGUUGUUGGCCGCUGGAGCCAUAAUAACAUUCGUCGGCUGUUGUGGUUGUUGCGGAGCAUGGAAAAUGAACCAGUGUGCUUUACUUGGAUUUUUCACCAUUCUCGUCAUAGUAUUCUGUUUGGAAUUGGCAGCAGCCUAUAUUGCAUACAAUAAACAAGAAACUAUAAGAGAGUAUAUUGAAAGCAGUAUGUACGACACGAUUCGAAAUCGAUAUGCAUCAGAUACUAACUACAAGACAGCUUUUGACAGUAUACAACAAGAGUUGGAAUGUUGCGGAGUAAAAUCUUAUACCGAUUGGUUGGGAGCCAGUUGGGACAAGAAAGCUUCACACAGCACAGAUAACUCAGAAACCAGGAUAGAGCAUGGUAUCGGCGCCAUAGGAGGAGGACGAGGCAACGGAUACGGCCGCGUUCCAACGUCAUGUUGUAAUGAGCACGGAAAAGAAACGUACCCAACCAAUUGUGGUACCUCGUUUACACAUGCUCCGUUGGAUACAUACCUGGAAUUCCUUCACGAGAAGGGAUGUGCUGAUGCACUUUACGACUCUGUUUAUCGUCAUUUGGACAUCGUCAUUGCUGUUUGCGUGAUUGUAGGCGCACUCCAGGAUACGGUAGUGCUAUAA